AUGAAACUGCAUUCUCUGCAUGCAAACUGCGACGAAUCCAAAGUGACAUGCAAUCCAGCAGCAACAGCGGCAGCAACAGCAGCAACAGCAGCAGCAACAGCGGCUGUCCAUCAACAGAUCGAGGGGCCCCUUCACUUUGGGGUCCGAGUAUUCUACGCACCAGCACAAGAGGCGUGCAGCAGCCGCUGCAGCAGCAGCAUGUUCUGCCCGAGCCCAGGUUUGCAGCAGCAGCAAUUGCCGCUGCAGAAUCAGUUAGCCCUUCCUCACGAAGAGCUGCAACUGGAGCAGACGCUGGAGCAACCAACACAACGCCAGCAACUGCUUCAACAGCAGCAGCAGCAAGUGCUGCAGAAAAAGCAAGUGCUGGAGCAUCUGCUGCUAACGCAAAAACUGCAUGAGAAGCAGCUUCUGCUGCAGCACCCGCACAGCGCGUAUCCACGAGGGAGUUCGUGUACAGAUCAGUUGCAACAGCUGCAGCAGCUGCAGCAGCAGUCGCACCUACAGUCUCUACGACAGCAGCAGCAGCAGCACGUCAGCCUUGCGAGGAACGAGCAGCAUAGUCUGCAGGUGCAGCUGCAACAACAGGCAGCUGAGGCAUUUGCGGCAGCAUCUGCUGCGGCCAAGGCCGCAUCAGAGGCGUUUACUGCAGCAGUGACAGCAGCUGCAGCUGCCGAAGCCCUCACUGCUGCUGCUUCAAGAGCAACAGCAGCCGAACAUCGAGGUAUCCCCUGA